CACAUCCAGGCGGAAAGGUUCCCUGAGGCAGCGAUGGGGGCGAGGGACCGGGCGGCAGGUCGCUGAUCAUCGUCGGUGCGGCUCGGAGCUCCGGUCCGCUCUGUGUGGCUGUGCCGCUGUAAUAUGGUGUAGCAGUCGCUGUCGAUCUGAGCUGCGGCGGUAUGUUCGGGUUCAGGGCGAGCUCCUUCACCACCUUAAUCGUGGUGGUUUUCGUCGCCUACGUGUUGCACACAUGCUGGGUGAUGUAUGGCAUAAUUUACACGAAACCCUGCACCAGUCCCAAGGCACAGAAGUGCAUUAAGCCAUAUCUAGCUGGGAACCCUAGAAUACAGCUGAGCAUUUAUACUUCAACAAAAAGCAGUGUUAAUGAUGGAGCCAAUCUAAACCUUAUGUUGAAUAUCGAACACUUUGAUGUCAACUCUAAAUUCGAGAGGGAUGUCAAUGUUUCAUUACCAAAGAAAACCCGUAGCAAUGGGACACUGUACACUCAUUUGUUUCUGCACCACGUUGGGAUGCCACCUUGGCACGACAGCAAGCAUGUGUAUGCCGUUGGGCACCUGACAACAUACAUGAUUCCUAAGCCUGAGGAAAUCAACUUAAUCACUGGAGAGACCAAUAGCCAAGAAACAGAGACUCCUGCUGGUACUAAAGUUCCAGACCGACCUGUUGCACACUGGAGAUCAAGACUCACCAUCAAUAUCAUGGCUGACAACUUUACUUUUGAUAGCUCAGCUCUUCCUGCUGAUGUACACAGAUAUUUAAAGCUGAUGCAUCAUGGAAAGAAGAUGCAGUACCUUCCUAUACUGUUUGUUGAUGAGCUAAGUAACCGAGUGAGAGAUUUGAAAAUAAUAAAUACCACGUCUGUUACGCUACCACUUACAAUUAGUUAUAACGCUAUAUCACUCGGGAGGCUUCGGUUUUGGACACACAUGCAAGAGGCCGUCUAUUCACUGCAACAGUUUGGGUUCACUGAAAAAGAUGUUGAUGAAGUAAAAGGUAUCUUCGUAGAUACUAAUCUCUACUUCCUGGCUUUAACAUUCUUUGUUGCGGCAUUCCAUCUUCUUUUUGAUUUCUUGGCUUUUAAAAAUGACAUUACCUUUUGGAGGCGAAAGAAAAACAUGGUUGGCAUGUCAACAAAAGCAGUCCUUUGGCGGUGCUUUAGUACGAUUGUGGUAUUUCUUUUCCUUUUCGAUGAGCAGACCAGUUUAUUAGUACUCAUUCCAGCUGGCAUUGGUGCAGUUAUAGAGGCGUGGAAAGUUAAGAAAGCCUUUAAAAUGACUGUGAAGUGGCAUGGAUUGAAGCCAGUAUUUCAGUUUGGAACAUUUGAUGAAUCUGAAAAAAAGACUGAAGAAUAUGAUACUCAGGCAAUGAAAUAUUUGUCUUAUAUACUUUAUCCUCUUUGUUUUGGUGGAGCUGUAUAUUCCUUAUUAAAUAUGAAGUACAAAAGCUGGUACUCAUGGUUGAUCAACAGUUUAGUUAAUGGUGUCUAUGCGUUUGGAUUCUUAUUUAUGCUGCCUCAACUGUUUGUUAAUUAUAAGUUGAAGUCUGUGGCACACUUACCAUGGAAGGCUUUUAUGUAUAAAGCAUUCAAUACCUUUAUAGAUGAUGUUUUUGCCUUCAUCAUCACCAUGCCAACGUCACAUAGACUAGCUUGCUUCAGAGACGAUGUAGUAUUCCUUGUUUACCUGUACCAGAGAUGGCUUUACCCGGUGGAUAAAUCCAGGAUAAAUGAGUUUGGUGAAUCAUAUGAUGAAAAAGACACUAAAGGAAAGCUGCAUAAAAACUGACUUCAGAAGGAACUUCCUCUGCAACUAGCCUCUGCUCAUUUGCAAGCAACUUCUUUUGCACUGCUGUCUGCAGCACAGUUAUGUCAUUGAUAUUUUCUGCCUGUGACUGCAGUAUUCUACAGUAGUGCCAACCAUUUUGGAUGCAUAAUUCUGGGAGUUGUAACAGUAUUACUCUUAAUGAAGAAGAUAGAAAAUAUAGACUAUAACAUUGCUGUUUAACAGCAGAAUUCAGAUUUGUAAUUUGCUGUUUGUUCCAAGGGUCAGUCGAACUGAGAAGGAGGUUUUGGGGUGUUAGCCUAUCAGAAUGCCAGCCACUGUUGUUCAGCUUCACCUGGGACUGAAUUAAUCAGGCAUCCACUUGCUGUACUUUUCCCAGCUUGGUUUCAGUUUACUUGUCUGCAAUUAUUAUUGAGUACAAAAUCCAAAAUGUGAAUGGCUUAUCUAGCAACUUUAGUCAGUGUCUUUGGUUUUGUGCAACAGUGGUUAUUACAGGAACAUUAGUUCCACACUCCAUGUUAAUUCUGGUAAGUUUCAAGUAUUCUUCAAAAAAACUCAUUUUCAAAUCCGAUAUUAAACAUACAUUAUUAAUUUGUAGAAGCCAAGAAUUUUUUUUAGAUUGAUUAAAAGGGGAUAUGAUUUGCUUGAAUCAGUUUGACUGGAAGCAAACUGAUUUUUCUCUCAUAUCAUUUAAAUUCAAAGUUUCUUUUAAAGAAUAUUUUAAGCCAAAUAACAUAAAAUUUAUAUAACAGGAAGAAAAUUUCACAGCCAAAUAUAUUAAAAUCCAACAAAAUAAAUUAAAUUCCUCAAGGUUACUAACAUGGCUGAAGGAUUGUGAAUUUGGGUUGCUUCUCAGUUCAUAGUGACUCUGAAUCUUGACUCUUAAAAAGUUUUUUUUUGUCUAAUCGGCUCUGCUCAAAAUGGAACAUUUUUUUCCCUGAAGUAAAAUUUGAUUUACUGAACAGAUGUAAUGAUCUCACAACUGUGGUUGCAUUCCUUUUUUUAUGAAUGGUUAUAAAAUUAUUUUCCACUCCCAUCAUAUGUAUCUCUUGCAUUUGUUUAGUUUGUAUAGCAUUGGAAAAUUAGGGAUACAAGCAAAAUCAGGCCCAUUGGGUCUGCACUGACCAUCAAAACAUUUUGAGUAUUCCUGCAUUUAUCCUUUUUUGAUUCACCCUAAAUUCUCUUCAACACCUUUUAGAUUUCACCACUCACCAAUGCACUAGGGCCACUUCAAAAGGACAUAUUACCCUGCAUCAAUCUGCACAACCUAGGGAACUAGGAACAGCCAGAGGCAAUCCAUACAUCAACAUGGUGCAACCCAGCACACUUGUAAAAGAUGAAAAUAAACAUUUGCAAUGAACAUUAUUCAUGGGGCCUCAGGAUCUUUUUAUCAGUUCCCUUUUACCAAUGUGGAGUCUUCAGCCAAUUCACUAUAUUCCUCAUGAUAAAUACAAGUGACUAGUACUUAAGAGUGGCCACAGUAUUUUGGUUAUAGUGCUCAGGAUCUAUGGUGACAAUGCUGUCAUAAAGGUAUAACAUCAGCAUGUACCUAGCAGAUUUUGCAUUUGUAAAAUGUUGCAUUUCAAGACAGUUCUUGUACGUUAGAGAAAAUUAAAACAAAAAUGCAGAUGCUGAGAAUACAGUUCGACCACUGUGAAUCCAGCUAUCCAGUUCUACUGCUGGUUUCCCCCAGUCUAAUUUAAAAUUUCCCACAUCGCCACAUCAGACUGUCAUCACUAUUCUGGUGGUGCCAUUAGUGGCCGCAGCCGUUGCCAUGGUCUUUAAAGGAGCAAGUUGUUCCUCUGUGUUAUUGUAUAUUUGAUUUCAUAACCUGACUAGUCCCAGUCAUGUCUUCACUGAAUGAAGGAAGUGCUUCUCAUCAUGUAAAGCACAAACACCAUACAUUAUAGAAGGUAAGGUGGAAGUUUUGAUAAAACUCGACAGUGGUGUGUCUGUGAAAAGUAUAUGUGACUUGUAUAAUAUUGUCUCAUCCACGGUUU